ACCAGUGCUCCGCGAGCCCUCUCCAUCCUUGCAGGAUGUAGGCGCUGCGAUGUCAAGCCGCAGCAUCCCUGGGGCUGUAGACAACUAGCAGCCCCCACCCUCGCCCUCCCCCCCUUUCCCUCUGAUCCCCUCCUGAAGGGGGGACAAUUGGGCCGAGGAAGUUCCCCCGCUUCUCCAAUUCUCGACUGGAUCCGGGCCGAGAGAGAGAGAGAGAGAGGGAGAGAGAGAGAGAGAGGGAGGGAGAGAGGGACCCCUAGUUCCAUCCCAGACUCUACCACCUCUCUUCUCCGCAGCCGAUUCCCGAACAGCCUUCCGGCUCCCCACCUCAGUUUCUUCUCGCUUCUGGCAUGGCCUGGUUUCCUUUGGGCAGCAGGAACAUCCUCUGUGCCAAGCUCUGAGAAGGCCUUCCUCUCUGCUUCUUCCAUGGCUUGGUCCCCUGGCUGGCCGGCCUCUACAAAACCUUGUGGCCCCACCCCUGAAGCUCUAUAGAAUGAAUCCAGGAGACAGCUGGGACUGAGCAGGUUUUUCAUUCUAUCUACCAGGCUAACCUAGCUCAAGUCUACUCUUCAUUCCCCACACCUCUGCCCAGUGUACCCAGCCAGGCUGUGGCUCACGUCCAGCAUGGGAGACAUGGCCAACAGCUCUGUGGAUUUCUAUCCCAAAAACCAGCGGCGAGAAAUGAACCAUGCAGGGGGCUUUGGCUGCACCCUGUCAGAGCUGCGCUCUCUCAUGGAGCUGCGUGGGGCUGAAGCUCUCCAGAAAGUCCAGGAGACCUACACUGACGUCAACGGGCUCUGCAGGAGACUCAAGACCUCCCCCACAGAAGGUCUCUCCGACAACACAGCUGACCUGGAAAAGAGAAGACAGAUCUACGGACAGAACUUUAUCCCCCCAAAGAGACCCAAGACCUUCCUGCAGUUAGUGUGGGAGGCACUUCAGGAUGUGACCCUCAUCAUUCUUGAAAUUGCUGCCAUCAUCUCCCUGGGACUGUCUUUUUAUGCUCCACCGGGUGAACAGAGCGAAGCCUGCGGGAAUGCGUCAGGGGGCGCAGAGGAUGAGGGUGAGUCAGAAGCUGGCUGGAUCGAAGGCGCUGCCAUCCUACUGUCAGUGAUCUGCGUGGUGCUGGUCACGGCAUUCAACGACUGGAGCAAGGAGAAGCAGUUCCGAGGUCUGCAAAGCCGCAUAGAACAAGAACAGAAAUUCACCGUCAUCCGCAAUGGGCAACAGGUCCAAAUUCCCGUGGCUGAACUGGUGGUGGGAGACAUCGCCCAGAUCAAAUAUGGUGACCUGCUUCCUGCAGAUGGAGUGCUUAUCCAAGGGAAUGAUCUUAAGAUAGAUGAGAGCUCCUUGACGGGGGAGUCAGAUCAUGUACGCAAAUCAGUGGACAAAGAUCCCAUGUUGCUAUCAGGUACCCAUGUCAUGGAAGGCUCUGGGCGGAUGGUUAUCACAGCUGUUGGGAUCAACUCACAGACUGGAAUUAUCUUUAGUUUGCUGGGUGCUGGUGGGGAAGAGGAGGAAAAGAAAGAGAAAAAAGGGAAGCAGCAGGAUGGGGCAGUGGAGAAUAAUCAAAACAAAGCCAAAAAACAGGAUGGGGCAGUUGCCAUGGAGAUGCAACCCCUGAAAAGCGCCGAGGGUGGUGAGAUGGAAGAACGGGAGAAGAAGAAGGCCAGCGUGCCCAAAAAAGAGAAAUCUGUCUUACAGGGGAAGCUCACCAAAUUGGCUGUUCAAAUUGGGAAAGCAGGACUGGUGAUGUCAGCUAUCACAGUCAUCAUCCUCGUCCUGUAUUUCGUCAUUCAAACAUUUGUUAUUGAUGGGAAGACGUGGCUGGCUCAGUGCACUCCUGUCUAUGUGCAGUACUUUGUCAAGUUCUUCAUUAUCGGGGUCACCGUCUUGGUGGUGGCUGUGCCUGAAGGCUUGCCACUGGCUGUCACUAUCUCUUUAGCCUACUCUGUCAAGAAAAUGAUGAAAGACAACAAUUUGGUCCGGCACCUGGAUGCCUGUGAGACAAUGGGCAAUGCCACAGCCAUCUGCUCUGACAAGACAGGGACCCUUACCACCAAUCGCAUGACAGUUGUGCAGUCCUACAUGGGUGACACUCACUACAAGGAGACCCCUGAUCCCAGUAGCCUGACAUCCAAGACACUGGAUCUGCUGGUGCAUGCCAUUGCCAUCAACAGUGCCUAUACCACCAAGAUACUACCUCCGGAAAAAGAAGGGGGUCUGCCACGCCAGGUGGGCAAUAAGACAGAAUGUGCACUGCUGGGCUUUGUGCUUGAUCUGCGACGUGACUACCAGCCUGUCCGUGAACACAUCCCAGAGGAGAAGCUCUACAAGGUUUACACCUUCAACUCUGUCCGCAAAUCCAUGAGCACUGUCACUUGCAUGCCUGAUGGUGGCUACCGCCUCUUCAGCAAAGGUGCUUCUGAAAUUGUCCUCAAAAAGUGCACAAACAUUCUAAAUAGCAACGGAGAGCUACGUGCCUUCCGGCCCAGGGACCGUGAUGAAAUGGUAAAGAAAGUGAUUGAGCCCAUGGCAUGUGAUGGGCUGCGAACUAUCUGCAUAGCCUACCGUGAUUUUCCAGCAGGGAAGGAGCCUGACUGGGAGAAUGAGAAUGAUAUUGUGAUAGACUUGACCUGCAUUGCUGUGGUGGGGAUUGAGGAUCCUGUGCGACCAGAGGUGCCAGAGGCCAUCCACAAGUGCCAGCGUGCUGGCAUCACUGUCCGUAUGGUGACAGGAGACAACAUCAACACAGCUCGGGCCAUUGCUGCCAAAUGUGGCAUCAUCCAGCCAGGGGAGGACUUCUUAUGCCUGGAGGGAAAGGACUUCAACCGACGGAUCCGCAAUGAGAAGGGAGAGAUAGAACAAGAACGUCUUGAUAAAAUCUGGCCAAAGCUGCGAGUUCUAGCGCGAUCGUCGCCUACUGAUAAGCACACCCUCGUGAAAGGCAUCAUUGACAGCACUAUUGGGGACCAGCGCCAGGUAGUCGCUGUCACUGGGGAUGGAACGAACGAUGGACCCGCGCUCAAGAAGGCCGAUGUGGGCUUUGCCAUGGGCAUAGCAGGUACUGAUGUGGCGAAAGAGGCCUCGGACAUCAUCCUGACUGAUGACAAUUUCUCCAGCAUCGUCAAGGCAGUGAUGUGGGGGCGCAAUGUUUAUGACAGCAUCUCCAAAUUCCUGCAGUUCCAGCUCACCGUCAAUGUGGUGGCCGUCAUCGUAGCGUUCACUGGGGCCUGCAUCACCCAGGAUUCUCCACUCAAGGCAGUACAGAUGCUGUGGGUGAACCUCAUUAUGGAUACUUUUGCUUCCUUGGCACUUGCCACCGAACCCCCAACUGAGGCCCUGCUGCUGCGCAAGCCAUAUGGACGCAACAAACCCCUCAUAUCCCGCACCAUGAUGAAGAAUAUUUUGGGCCAUGCUGUGUACCAGCUCAUUAUCAUCUUCACUCUCCUCUUUGUGGGAGAGGUUAUAUUUGACAUCGACAGUGGCCGCAAUGCUCCCCUGCACUCCCCACCCUCGGAGCAUUACACCAUCAUCUUUAACACCUUUGUCAUGAUGCAGCUCUUCAAUGAGAUCAAUGCCCGCAAAAUCCAUGGAGAGCGCAAUGUCUUUGAUGGCAUUUUUGGCAACCCCAUCUUCUGCACCAUUGUUUUGGGCACCUUUGGCAUACAGAUCCUCAUUGUGCAGUUUGGGGGAAAGCCAUUCAGCUGUUCUCCACUGAAUGCAGAGCAAUGGCUGUGGUGUCUUUUUGUGGGCUUCGGGGAACUCGUCUGGGGACAGGUCAUUGCCACCAUCCCUACCAGCCAACUUAAAUGCUUGAAGGAGGCAGGACAUGGCCCUGGUAAGGAUGAGAUCACGGAUGAGGAAAUGGCAGAAGAUGAGGAGGAAAUUGACCACGCUGAGCGGGAGCUGCGCCGCGGCCAGAUCCUGUGGUUCCGUGGCCUCAACCGCAUUCAGACCCAGAUGGAGGUAGUUAGCACCUUCAAGAGAAGCGGCUCCUUUCAGGGGGCUGUCCGACGCCGCUCUUCCGUCCUCAGUCAACUGCACGAUGUAACCAAUAUUUCUACCCCCACUCACAUCCGCGUAGUGAAAGCGUUCCGUAGUUCACUCUAUGAAGGGCUGGAGAAGCCAGACACCAAGACCUCCAUCCAUAACUUCAUGACAACGCCCGAGUUCUUGAUCAACGACUACAUCCACAACAUUCCUCUCAUUGAUGAUACAGACGUGGAGGAGAGCGAGGGUCCCCUAAGACAGCACUUCAGGGCCAGUCCCCCACCAUCUCCCAACAAGAACAACAACGCCAUUGACAGCGGCAUCUACCUUAGCACCGAUGUCAGCAAGACACCUACCUCCUCAUCCAGCCCAGUUAGCCCACUCCACAGCAUGGAAACCUCCCUCUAACACAACCCUACCAUGCAACCAGUUGAAUUGACUUUGUUCACAACAGAGGUGUCCAGUUCCUCCUGGGAGAUAGGCUAGCUAAGGAAGGACGGAAAGCCGACAGGAGAUGGCACUUCACCUCUUGAUGCCGGAGGUAUUUUCUCUCAGUGGGGUGGAAAAGGACAAGGUUUCUGCCAUUGGAUGGCUCAGACAACCGAAGACGUACUGCAUUGAUGCAAUGAAAGCAUACUGUAGAGGGGGAGAGAUGUUUUCUUCAAUCACUCGAGGGGUUUGGGCUGAGUCCCAGAGAGUGUACAGGAAAACCACCCAUUUCUCUAAUCUGUUCUUUGGGGUUUUUUUUGGACACAAACACACUCACCAAACCCACAAUGAUCCUGCAACUGGGGGUUGCUUUGAUAUUCUUGUGGGACCUCUUUUUUCUUUUUUUUCCCCCCAAUGUUUAAAAAAAGAAACUAUAUUUGCACCAGAAAAAGGAACAAAAACAAAACAAAACAAAACAAAAAAGGAGAAAGAGGAAUAAUCUAGACAACUAUUAUCCUAAAAAAUAUACAUAUAUAUAUAUAUAUAUGAUACCAACUGACAGAUGUAUUUACGGAUCUUCUGACCAUAACGCAUGCCUGUUAUCAAACUCUCCUUUCUUCUUCCCCCUCCCCCAGUGGAAUUUCAGUCUGGGGCAAUUUUGCUUUUUAAAAAAAAAGAAAAAAAAACAUUGUUUGCUGGAGCUUGUAUUUUAUAUCAGGAUUUGCCAGGAAAAAAAAAGAUUCCUUUCUAUUAGGAGGGGAAUUGACUGAACAAUUAUUGGGUAAAAGAAAUGGAAAUGUUUUUUUGGGUUGGAUAGUGCAGAUAUAGUGUGACUGAAAAUAGGGUGUGGUUGCAGUGACACAAAUUUGGGCCUUUUCAGGUAAUUACUGAAAAAGUGACCAAAAGUAGGGUCCCAUUUCAGUGGGGCACUUCUCUCCCUCCCCCUGCAAGUGCUCACAAUCCAUAUGCUUCCUAUAGGUAGUGAUUUAACCAAAUAUCCAAUAGCUGAACAGUACAGAGAAUUUAGGGUGGAAAAAGAAGGUAAAACUCGCACUUCUUUGUGACCCAUUGUGAAAGAACAGAACAUCUUUCCUGUUGCAUAAGGUCACUAAAUUAGAGCAUUCAUCAGGGCUCUCUAUAUUAUUUGAUAGAUUCAUCAGAAAAUUCUAUUUCUGAGAAUCGUUUAAUUUUCAAAACACAACUGCAACAAAGAUUUCUACCCUCAUGGUUGUGAGGAAACCUAGAAAAACAUACACGCAGUGACUGCACAAGACUGCACAGCCCCUUACGGCCACACUGCAGCUUGAACUUACCACUUGAAAAUUACCUUUAUAUUCCAUCUUAUUCCAGAGAUUAGUUACGUUACCAUGACUUCAAAAUGCCCUCUUUGCACAGACUGAGAGGAUAUUUCUCUUCAGCCAAUAUGUGCAAACUCUGAGCUGGAAGCAACAAAGAUCCAUACGUAUUCCAAAGUUUCUUGAGAAGAUUUGCCUUGGGCUUAACUCUUGACCAGCUGAAGUAUUUCCUCUUCUUGUAAUGGUACAUGAGGAAUCGAGCUCAACGUUAGCAACUCUCUCAAUCAAGCCAAUUCCAAUUGCAUCUUGGAGGGAAAAAAAGAGACCCUGCCAAUAAUAUAAAAUGGGAUAGUCAACGUUCACGGAGGGUUUGGAGGGCCAUUAUGGGUGAUAGAUGUAGCUAGUCCAUAGGCAACUUUCUGGUGUGCCCUUCUAUACAAG